AUGCCCCAGUUCUGCGUUGUUGAGAUAAUAGGAAGAGGGUUUGCCUUCGCUGGUUACUACGUCCGAUGA